ACAAAAAAUAAUAUUCUUGAGGUUACCCUUGCAUUCCAUUUUGCUCUCUAUAUGAGUUUCAUGGCAAGGAAAUGGGAUGGCAGCGUCCGAAAGUGGGUAGCGGGCAACUCCUCCAUCUGACCAACUUCCCAUUGCCUCCUUCCCCUCUCAAUUUCAACAGAGAGAAUGAAACACAAAGCUACAACUAUAGAAGAAGAUCGGCUAUAAAAAGUAAAGAGCAUUUAUAUUAGGCGAGAGGAGGGAGAUUGGAUCUCUCUCUCUCGUUUCUACUAAAGACGUUUACAGCUCUUUCAGUAAUUUUGCGUCUCUGUUAUCGCCCAUUCCUACAAAUGGCAGCUUAGCUUUUGCUUAUCUGUUAUUCUCUGAGAAGCAGCUUCUGCUACUACUCUUCGCUUUCACAGGGCUGCCUUGGCAAUCUUCACCGGCGCACUAAAAGAUUUCUCAGGGAAUACCCAGAUUAUCUCUCUACAGGAAACCAUUUGUUAUCUCUCUGCGACCUGUCUCCAUUUUCGCCCAUUCGCACACACCGCCAUUCGCUGCAUGGUGAAAUGCCCUUUACACCAUUCGAUCCCUAUUGCUUAGAACUUCAUACUUUUCAUCGACUACCAAUAUUAAUAUUCAAUCUUCUUCACACCCAGAAGAUCAUUACCAAUAAUGGGUAUCGCCCUUUUGUUCAGUAGAACUUCCUCUCCAUCGGCUUCUUCAUCUUCGGGAAUGAACGUGCUUUUGAGUGCAUUCCAAGGUUUGCCAAUAUUGGAGCUUUCAUCAAUUUGCAUCAAUUUGAUACUAUUUCUCGUCUUUCUGUUUAUCAUCUCGGCGCGGCAGAUAUUCACAUGUGUAGGCCGACCUCGAAUCCUGAAGAACAACUCGGCCGCGGAUUCGGUCCCAAUUCAGCACAGUGUCGAUGGGGAAAUUCGGAUUGUAGAAAUCGGUAAUGGGUUCAAGGUUUCUGUUUUCUGCUGCUUUUAUAUUUUGUUCUUGCACGUACUGGUAUUAGGGUUUGAUGGGGUUCGGUUAAUAAGAGAGGCUGUAGCAGGGAAAGUUGUGGAUUGGAUCUUUAUUUGCUUGCCUGCUUCUCAAGGUUUAGCUUGGUUUGUAUUGAGCUUUUUGGCUCUCCAUUGUAAAUUCAAAGUUUCUGAGAAAUUCCCAUUGUUGUUGAGGUUGUGGUGGUUUGUGUCGUUUGUCGUUUGUUUGUGUGCUUUGUAUGUUGAUGGGAAAGGAUUCUUGAUAGAAGGUUCAAAACACCUGAAUUCUCAUGUUUUGGUGAAUUUUGCCGCCACCCCUGCCCUUGGCUUCCUUUGUUUUGUUGCAAUUAGGGGUGUUACUGGUGUACAAAUUUGUAGAAACUCUGAUCUUCAGGAGCCAUUGUUGCUUGAAGAUGAAGCGGGGUGUCUUAAGGUUACCCCUUAUGGUGAAGCUGGGCUUUACAGUUUGACCACACUAUCCUGGCUGAAUCCCCUUCUUUCCAUUGGUGCCAAGAGACCACUUGAGCUGAGGGACAUUCCUCUUCUUGCUCCGAAAGAUCGUUCAAAAACCAAUUAUAAGAUUUUGAAUUCGAAAUGGGAGAAAUUGAAGGCUGAAAAUCCUUUGAAGCAGCCCUCUUUAGCAUGGGCAAUCCUCAAAUCAUUCUGGAGGGAGGCAGCUUGUAAUGCCAUUUUUGCCGGCAUGAAUACUCUCGUUUCAUAUGUGGGUCCGUACAUGAUUAGCUACUUUGUGGAUUACUUGGGAGGAAAGGAGACCUUCCCCCAUGAGGGAUAUAUUCUUGCUGGAAUAUUUUUUACAGCAAAGCUGGUGGAGACUAUAGUAACCCGGCAGUGGUAUCUUGGGGUUGACAUCUUGGGCAUGCAUGUGAGAUCAGCCCUAACGGCAAUGGUGUAUCGGAAGGGACUUAAGCUCUCAAGCUCAGCCAGGCAAAGUCAUACCAGUGGAGAGAUUGUUAACUACAUGGCAGUUGAUGUCCAAAGAGUGGGGGACUACUCCUGGUAUCUCCAUGACAUAUGGAUGCUUCCUCUGCAAAUCAUUCUUGCCCUUGCAAUACUGUAUAAAAAUGUUGGAAUUGCUUCUAUUGCAACAUUAAUUGCCACUAUUAUCUCCAUUGUUGCAACUGUCCCAUUGGCAAAGGUGCAAGAGGAUUAUCAGGACAAAUUAAUGGCGGCCAAGGAUGAGAGGAUGAGGAAGACUUCUGAGUGUCUGAGAAACAUGAGGAUUCUCAAGUUACAAGCAUGGGAGGAUAGAUAUCGAGUGAAGCUGGAGGAGAUGCGAUUUGUGGAGUUCAAGUGGCUUCGAAAAGCCCUUUACUCUCAGGCUUUUAUUACAUUCAUAUUCUGGAGCUCCCCCAUUUUUGUUGCAGCCAUUACAUUUGGCACUUGCAUAUUGUUGGGUGGUCAGCUCACUGCAGGAAGUGUUCUUUCUGCUCUGGCCACUUUCAGGAUCCUCCAAGAACCACUGAGGAAUUUCCCUGAUUUGGUGUCAAUGAUGGCUCAAACAAAAGUUUCUCUUGAUCGAAUUGCUGGGUUUCUCCUGGAGGAAGAGUUGCCGGAAGAUGCAACCAUUGUUCUGCCACGAGGCAUUACGAAUAUGGCAAUAGAAAUCAGAGAUGGUGAGUUCUGCUGGGAUCCUUCUUCUUUGAGGCCAACAUUAUCUGGUAUAAAACUGAAGGUGGAAAGGGGCAUGCGUGUGGCUGUUUGUGGUAUGGUUGGUUCAGGGAAGUCAAGCUUACUUUCCUGCAUCCUUGGAGAAAUUCCAAAAAUCUCUGGUGAAGUCAGAGUUUGUGGUUCUGCUGCUUAUGUGUCUCAGUCAGCUUGGAUACAGUCUGGAAAUCUGGAAGAAAAUAUUCUUUUUGGCAGCCCAAUGGACAAGACCAAGUACAAGAAUGUUAUUCAUGCUUGUUCAUUGAAAAAAGAUUUGGAACUCUUUUCACAUGGGGAUCAGACCAUCAUUGGAGAUAGAGGAAUAAAUCUGAGUGGUGGUCAGAAGCAAAGGGUGCAGCUUGCGAGGGCACUCUAUCAAGAUGCGGACAUUUAUUUACUUGAUGAUCCCUUCAGUGCUGUAGAUGCACACACUGGUUCAGAACUAUUUAAGGAGUACAUAUUGACGGCACUAGCAACGAAGACUGUGAUUUUUGUAACUCACCAAGUUGAAUUUCUGCCAGCGGCUGAUAUGAUUCUGGUUCUCAAGGAAGGCCAUAUCAUACAGGCUGGAAAAUAUGAUGAUCUUUUACAAGCAGGAACUGAUUUUAAAACUUUAGUCUCAGCUCACCAGGAAGCAAUUGAGGCUAUGGAUAUUCCAAAUCACUCAUCAGAAGAUAUAGAUGAGAGUCUGCCUCUCAAUGAUGCUGCUAUUUUUAGUAAAAAUUGUGACAAUAGUGGAAAUAAUAUUGAAAGUUUGGCAAAGGAAGUGCAAGAGGGUGUAUCAUCUUCAGACCAGAAAGCAAUUAAAGAGAAAAAAAAGGCAAAGCGUUCAAGGAAAAAGCAGCUUGUUCAGGAAGAGGAAAGGGAAAGAGGAAGAGUCAACAUGAAGAUUUACUUAUCAUAUAUGGCUGCAGCAUACAAAGGCAUGUUGAUCCCACUCAUUAUUCUUGCGCAAACAUUGUUUCAGGUGCUUCAAAUAGCUAGUAAUUGGUGGAUGGCUUGGGCAAAUCCGCAAACUGAAGGGGAUCAUCCUAAAACAAGUGAAAUGGUUCUUCUUGUUGUUUAUAUGGCUCUUGCUUUUGGGAGCUCUUGGUUUAUAUUUGUUAGGGCUGUUUUGGUAGCUACAUUUGGUCUCGCAGCUGCGCAAAAAUUGUUUUUAAAGAUGCUUAAGUGUGUAUUUCAAGCACCUAUGUCUUUCUUUGACUCUACUCCAGCUGGGCGGAUCUUGAAUCGUGUCUCUGUUGAUCAGAGUGUUGUGGAUCUUGAUAUUCCUUUCAGACUUGGUGGGUUUGCUUCAACAACAAUACAGCUUCUUGGUAUUGUUGGUGUAAUGACAAAAGUUACUUGGCAAGUGUUGCUUCUUGUUGUUCCAAUGGCCAUCGCUUGCUUGUGGAUGCAGAAAUAUUAUAUGGCUUCAUCAAGGGAACUGGUUCGCAUUGUUAGCAUCCAGAAAUCUCCUGUUAUCCAUCUCUUUGGUGAAUCAAUUGCUGGAGCAGCCACAAUUAGAGGAUUUGGGCAAGAAAAGCGGUUCAUGAAGAGAAACCUUUAUCUUCUUGAUUGUUUUGCUCGCCCAUUCUUCUGCAGUCUUGCAGCUAUUGAAUGGCUCUGCCUGCGGAUGGAGUUACUCUCAACCUUUGUAUUUGCUUUCUGUAUGAUUUUACUUGUGAGCUUCCCGCAUGGAAGUAUUGAUCCAAGCAUGGCCGGACUUGCUGUGACAUAUGGCCUUAAUUUGAAUGCACGCCUGUCACGGUGGAUACUCAGCUUUUGCAAGCUCGAGAACAAAAUAAUUUCCAUUGAAAGGAUUCAUCAAUAUUGCCACAUCACAGGUGAAGCUCCAGCAAUUAUUGAAAAUGCUCGCCCUCGAGCCUCAUGGCCUGAAAAUGGUACAAUUGAAUUGAUUGAUCUUAAGGUUCGAUACAAGGAGAAUCUUCCUGUGGUUCUUCAUGGUGUAACCUGCACAUUUCCUGGUGGUAAGAAGAUUGGUAUUGUUGGCCGUACUGGAAGUGGUAAAUCUACCUUAAUACAGGCACUAUUUAGGUUGAUUGAACCUGCGGGUGGGAGGAUUGCCAUAGAUGACAUUGACAUUUCAACAAUUGGUCUCCAUGACCUUCGUAGUCGUCUGGGUAUCAUACCUCAAGAUCCUACUUUAUUCGAAGGGACCGUAAGGGGAAAUCUGGAUCCCCUUGAUGAGCAUUCAGACCAUGAAAUUUGGCAGGCUCUUGAUAAGUCUCAGCUUGGAGAGAUAAUCCGCCAAAAAUCAGGAAAGCUUGAUACACCAGUUCUGGAGAAUGGAGAUAAUUGGAGUGUGGGUCAGCGGCAACUUGUUUCCCUUGGCCGGGCUUUGCUCAAACAAGCAAAAAUACUAGUUCUUGAUGAAGCAACAGCCUCAGUAGAUACGGCCACAGAUAAUCUUAUUCAGAAGAUAAUCCGAACAGAGUUUAGGGACUGCACUGUAUGUACCAUUGCACAUCGUAUUCCAACUGUCAUUGACAGUGACCUGGUUCUGGUCCUCAGUGAUGGUCGAGUAGCAGAGUUUGAUACUCCAGCACGACUAUUAGAGGACAAGUCAUCCAUGUUUCUAAAGUUGGUAUCUGAAUAUUCCUCCAGAUCAAGUGGCAUACCAGAUUUUUGAUUAUAUGGCAUGCCCAUAAACCUUUUAUUUAGAAGCAACAAGAGCAGUGGACAAAGGAAAACCAAUUGGCUGAUGCUGGUCCUCUUGCUUCUGCUGCUGCUGCUGCGGCUGCUGCAUUCGGAAAGUUGAAAAAUAAAAAAUGUGGGAGGAAAUGCACAAUUGACAGCAUGUUAUCAAACUGAAACCCCCAUAAAAGGGUUGUGGUUUCUGCGUCAAGUGAUCACGAGAUGAUUCUUCUCCAUUUUAAGCAGCAUUGGCGAAUGCAUGAAUUGUCAGCAACACUCUGUAACUGAAAAUAAGUUGGGUCGGUGGUGUUUGAAAUAAUUACAUGAGCAGAAGAAAUGGGUGGCUAAUUUGUAUUUGUCCAUGUGCAAUAAAAAUGGUUUUUUCUGCUUUUAUAGUCCUUUAGGAAUCUGUAGAGCAUUAGACAGUCUAUGCUUAUUUCCACUGUUUCUAAAUUUUCCUAAAUCUGUGAAAUAGUUUGAAUUGAAGCCCCUAUUCUUUAUAUAUAGAAAGAAUAAAAACUAGUCAUGGUUUGUUUGUAGUCA